UGGGAAGGAUGCAGCUGCCGGCGACGGUGGCCCUUUAUAUUCGGGGAAAUGGUCGUCCUUCGGCCUCAGAGUCGAUCUUCACGUCCUGUGCUCAGAGACCCGAGAGUACCGAUCGUCAAGAUGCUGUACCAGCUGCUGGCUGUCACGCUGUGCGCCGGCCUGGCCUCGGCUGGCUGUCCGACCAACGUCGAGUGGCAGGAGUUCGACGGCUUCUGCUACUGGCGCUCCACCUACGCCACCUCGUGGCAGCAGGCCGUCAACGCCUGCCCCACGGUCGGAGCUGGGGCCCAGCUCGCCUCGAUCCAUUCUCUGCUCGAAAACGCCUUCAUCAUGCAGACCUACGACUUUGCCGAGACCUGGAUCGGCUUUAACGACAUCGCUCAGGAGGGCCAGUUUCAGUGGUCGGAUGGAACCCAGGUGGACUUCUUCAACUGGGCUCGUCAGCAGCCCGACAACCAAUUCGGCCAGGACUGCACGCGCGUUCCGCAGCCCGAUAACCCGCACGCGGCGGAGUGGGACGACACAGCAUGCGACAAGGAGCACUUCUUCGUUUGCAAGAUGCCCGCUACUGUCUGAACAAGUGCUGCUCUCGUUAGCUCUGGUAUGUGACUGCCGACUGAGCAACUAGAGCUGUGCACACUGGUUUUACUGUGGCUGGAAGCUAAUGAGUCCCAAAUGAUUUUAAGUGUAUCAUUAAUGUACAUUUCCAUGUGUAUUUAUUUAAUAAAUAAACCAAAUAUCGA